AGUUCCCCCUUCGCAUAGAGCGAAACAAACAUGGCGAUAGACUCGAGUGGACGGGGGUUUACGCUAACUUUAUUCGUCUUUUCUUGUGUUUUUGCGGGCAGACAGGCCGAGGAGGUGCUGGCGGAGCCGAGAGUCACCCCCCGGAUACUCGGCAUGAGGCUGGAGACGAGCACGACUCCGGCUGGGACCACCGAGAGAGGGGUUAUUCAGGUGACCGAGGGCAGCGACAUCCAAUUCAGGUUCUACGGGCUCGACUUGCGCCCGAACACUUCGCGACUCAUCAAGUUCAUAGAAAUUUACUCCAGCGAUAAAGAGGAUGAUGAUUUCGGCACGGUUAUGUCCCCCUUCAAUAGGACUUGUCCCGAACUCACCAAGGAUAUAGAAGUAAAGGGGUCCAUGGUGGUUACCAAUCAGAACACCUCCGGGGUGGUCAGCCUCCGGAUCAAGCAGCUCCGCAAGAGCGAGGUAGUGAAGGUGUUCGGCUUGUGCGUCCGUGACCCCCUGGAGAAGGAGGAGACGUGGUACCUGCUGGAUGACCAGGACGGCAGAGUGCGGGUGGUGGAGGUGGCGAAGUCGUUGCUGCCCAUCUGGCUGCAGGUGAUCCUCAUCUCCUUCCUGCUCGUGCUGUCCGGCAUGUUCAGCGGGCUCAAUCUGGGGCUGAUGGCGCUGGACCCGAUGGAGCUGCGCAUCGUGCAGAGCUGCGGCACCGAGAAGGAGAAGAAAUACGCACGGAAGAUUGAGCCCAUCCGCAGGAAGGGUAACUACUUGCUGUGCUCGCUGCUCCUCGGGAACGUCCUGGUCAACACCACUCUCACCAUCCUCCUGGACGACCUCACCAAGUCCGGGGUCGGCGCUGUGGUCGCGUCCACAGUUGGCAUCGUUAUUUUUGGCGAGAUCGUCCCGCAGGCGCUGUGCUCCCGGCACGGUCUGGCAGUCGGGGCGAACACCAUCUAUGUCACCAAGCUGUUCAUGCUGCUAACCUUCCCUCUGUCGUGGCCCAUCAGCAAGAUCCUGGACUGUGUCCUGGGCCAGGAGAUCGGCACCGUGUACAACCGGGAGAAGCUGGUGGAGAUGCUGAAAGUCACCGAGCCGUACAACGACCUGGUGAAAGAGGAGCUCAACAUGAUCCAGGGCGCGCUGGAGCUCAGGACCAAAACGGUGGAGGAUGUCAUGACGCCCAUCAGCAACUGCUUCAUGAUCCACAGCGACGCCGUGUUGGACUUCAACACCAUGUCGGAGAUCAUGGAGAGCGGAUACACGAGGAUACCUGUGUACGAGCACGAGCGGUCCAACAUCGUGGACAUCCUGUUUGUCAAGGACCUGGCCUUCGUUGACCCGGACGACUGCACCACACUCAAGACCAUCACCAAGUUCUACAACCAUCCGGUGCACUUUGUCUUCCACGACACCAAGCUGGACUCCAUGCUGGAGGAGUUUAAGAAAGGAAAAUCCCACCUGGCCAUCGUCCAGAAGGUGAACAACGAGGGGGAGGGAGAUCCCUUCUACGAGGUGUUGGGGUUGGUCACCCUUGAAGACGUCAUCGAGGAGAUCAUUAAAUCAGAGAUUCUGGAUGAAUCGGAUCUUUACACUGAUAACCGCACCAGGAAAAAGGUGGCGCCCAAUAAGAACAAGAGAGACUUCUCUGCCUUCAAACACGAGAGUGAAUCAAAAGUGAAGGUCUCUCCUCAGCUGCUGCUGGCCGCCCAUCGCUUCCUGGCUACAGAGGUGAGCCUGUUCAGCCCGUCUCAGAUCUCAGAGAAGGUGCUGCUGCGAGUCCUGCGCCACCCCGACGUGAUCCAGGAGAUCAAGUUCAACGAAAGCGACAAGCGCUCGCCCCAUCACUACGUCUACCAGAGGGGCAAGCCCGUCGACUACUUCGUUCUCAUCCUGCAGGGACGAGUGGAGGUGGAGGCCGGCAAUGAGAACAUGAAGUUUGAGACUGGACCUUUCUCGUUCUACGGUGUCAUGGCGCUCAGUGCUCCCACACUGGAGUUUCGUUCGCCGUCCCACCUCAGCGGGUUGAACCGUACUGCCUCUCUGAGCGGAGCUGACCGGUCGGAGUCGCUCUCCGUCAGUGGCAGCAACAGCCAGCUCAACAACAGCAUCCCCUCGCAGCAGUACACGCCCGACUUCUACGUCCGAGCUCUCAGCGACUUGCAGUUUGUCAAGAUCACACGUGCCCAGUACCAGAACGGCCUGAUGGCGUCCCGUCUGGACAGCACGCCCCAGUCCCCAGAGAGCGGCCACAACACGAUCCGCUUGGAUCAGACCACUCCCCCCGCCACCGCCAACACCACCAUCACAGACCUGGGAGCGGACUCCACUCCGACGGAGAACGGACCGGACGAGACAACGCUCCUCCUCCUCAACGAGCAGAACUCACCGCACACAGCCAACCACCACAGCCAGCUGGAGAACAGCAUUUGACGCCCCGCCCCCCUGGCCCGACCCCCUCCAUACUCUUUGCACGCAUGCACUACUACGCUCGAAUGUAUGCUGAGGAGGGGAGGAGUGUGUGUGUGUUUGUGUGUGUGAGUGGGAAUGCAGACACACUGACAUAAAGAGACAAGCCAUGUGCGUGCAUAUUUUGUAAAUAUGCAGGGAUUAAACACACACACACACACACACACGCACACGUUUCCAUCGUAAACAGACUCACCACAAACCCAACACUCACCUAUGGUAGUUCAUCGACAGAACAGAGUGUCUGUACGUGUGUGUGUGUGUGUUUGUAUGUGUUUGCACAUGCUCCUUAAUGUAUUAACUGACGACAAAGAUCUGAAGGACCUGCUUGUCUGGACCAGGAUGCUCCUCCCUCUCAUGCCCAUCAACGUUUUUCAGAGGCCUCGCUGAUUUGCGAACCUCCUCCUCUGUGUGUGUGUUUUUAAAUGUGUAUGCGUGUGUCGCUUCCAAUCACUGUCCCUAAUCAGAGACUCAGGGAGACUCCGCCCUCUUCCUCCUCCUCCUCCCCUUUGCCGACGUACAUACAACAUACAUGCAAGUGUGGUCCAACCCGAAAGCCGCAAACCAAACCCACCGCCGCAUGUGUAGCAACCCGCGUCCCCUCCUCACCAUCCAUACAGCUAGAAGACAAAGACGACCCGAGCAUGUCAGCGGAGUUCAAACAAAGUAAUAUAUGUUCCGUAGAAAUUUAUAGUGAGAUAUUUAUUGAUGAAUUCUGUGUGAGACGGACUCGUGUUUCGAGGGGGGAGGCUUUGAGGUGGAUUUCUUUUAUAAAAAUUUUUUUCCUUCUUGUUUCCUGGAUAGAAGCAGUAAGUAGCCGAGAGCCUUUAUCCCAGAGUUGUUAAGAGAUUUAGCAGCGAUAGACAGCCAGUCUGUAUCGUGAUUAAGACAAUCAAUAUGAUGAUUAUGAAUGUGUUGAAUUAAAUGUGUAGGGUACGUUAACUGUGGCCCCCCUCAUGCUCUCAAAAAGAUUCCUCUCUGUGAAAGGUUUUCUUCCCCAGUGCCUCGAUUUUUAGUUUCACCCACGACGGAUCUGAAAAGGCAAGUCGUGCAUGAGGUGGUAGACGUUUGAGAGCACUUUGAAUUGGCAAGCCCUUUCCUGCUUUGUAAGCGAGGGGUGCGUGUAUGUGUUUGUGUGUGUGUGUGUGUGUGUGUAUGUGACCAAAAUGGCCGUCACCAGACUUGGUGGGAACAGAAACCACAAGAGGGAAGCUUGAUCACAUUCUGACUAGAAUAUACUUUAAGAAAUCUGAGACUUUAUUUAUUGAGUUCGAUACGUGUGUGUGUAUAUAUAUUACUGUCGAUGACGGGGGAGGAGAAAUGAGAUUUUUAUUUUUGCCUCAUUGUGAGAUUUUACAUGUUAAAUGUCAUUUUGCAUUCAGUGGUUAUGUUUGGGUUUCCUUUUUUGUAAAUCAGUUUGGGGGAAGGGGGUCACUCCGAACAGCAAACCUUAUUGUUGUUUGUAUUUUUGCAGCCAAACACGCCGCUCAGCCCCGACAUCAGCCAAAUUUUUUUUUCUGUUAUCAUGGGAAACAAUGUUGUAUAUUUUCUAAUCACCACAAUGCAUGUUUUUUCACAGAACUGCACACACUCCAGAUAUAUUUUACUGUAACUUCUGAGGAGAUUUUAAAGGAAAAAUCCUUCCUGAAACUCUUAAAUGUCGUGUCUUGUGACAGGUUUUUUUCUUUGCCUGAUUUCUAGCAGAACCACAGUGGUGUUUCAUAGAUUUUGUUUUAGUGAUGUACAACAUGAAACAUAAGUCAUUCAUCAGGUUUUUGUGUUUGAAACCAAAGACAAACAGCUGCUCUAUAGUCUUGUUAUUUCUGCGAAGACAUCUGUGGUAGGGAUUGAGUUCCGCACUAGUAACUACAUAUACCAGAAUGCAAUGCAGCCACAGGAAAAGCUGUGUUUUCACCAUUUUCUUUGUCUUUGCUUCUGUCAGUAUCACUACUUUUUUUCACACUUAAAGGGUUGGUUCGGGUUUUUUUUCGACCUGGACCCUUUUCUCCUAUGUUUUCUUGUCUACGUGACAAAUGGGAACAACAAUUUUUUUAAAUUGGUCCUGUAUUGAGCGAGAGAGCUGCAGUUGGAAGCGGCAAAACAGGAUGCAAUGUAACCAGUAGGGGCAUUUGUGCACUGUUAAUUUACAUCCACUAAAAGUGUUUGUUUUUGCCACUGACAGGCUCAGAUUGCUAUUUCAAGUGUCAGACAGUUUUAAAGAACAACCCGGUCUCACUCCAAAGUUGUCAAAAUUCAAUGCUUGGGCGGCAUUAGACACUAACGACAAGAUCGGCAUGAUUCACAUUAUAGUUUAACAGUGCUCAGCGGCAUCGGGGAAACAUGGCUGGACAAGAACUAAAGUGAAGGCGGCGAAAGUCUGAGUAGGGCAGGUGGGAGAGUUGGUGGAUGGGUCCAAUAAACACCAACUUUCACCAGGGAGAGCGGUGUUCGCGUCUCGCAAGAUUAUAAAGCCAAACCUUGUUCUUUUUUUUCCUACACCUAACCACGGGCGUUAGAUGUUGGAGGAAAUAAAAAUGUCAAUUUGCGGUGUUGUACCAAUGUAGUUUGUUUAUUUUGAAAGAGGCCGUAUAUAAACUGUAAAUUUCCUGUGAAAACGCAAGUUUAUUUUGGAAGAAGACAAUUCAUGUAACAGGCAGAACUUGUCAGUCACCGACCAACACACCCAGGGUACCUUGCAUGUCGUAUCUGGACGUGGAAGGUCCAUGACCAAAUGUCGCUAUUUGCCGAGGUUUGAGUGAGAAUGUGUUUUAUGGACUCGUUCUCUACAGAUAAAUCUUUUGUUUAACCACAAACAACCCUGAAAUCGGCGUUACCACUUCCACCAGACUCCAUUUAAAUAAUCAGUAAUUUUAUCAUGUGAAACACACUUCAUACAGAGUUGACAGAAACAAAAUAAAACGCACAUAAAUCAUAUUGUUUCGUCUUUCCACUGUUUCAACAUCCACCAACUCUGGUUUGGUUGAAAUAAAACCUUAAUUCACCCAGUUAUAGGUGAAAAUAUGCUGGCUCCAUACAUGCUAAAAUGACUGAUUAUAUAAAUGCAGUCUGAUGGAGGUGGCGAAGGUGACUUUGUGCUGGUUCUGGUUGAACAAAAUGGGUCUUACUCUUUAAAAAAAAGGUCUGUCUUUGUAUGGAUCCUUUCCAGAAUAUUGUCAAACACUUACUUAACAAUCUGAGCCUGUCAGUGGCAAAAACAAACACUUUUAGUGGAUGUAAAUGGAUGUUGCGACCUGUCAGCUGUAGCACUGUCGCUCAAUACUGGACCAAUUCCUAAAAUUGUUUGUCUCAAAUAAUCACUUAGACACAUAACAUGAGAAAAUAAGGUCCUGGUUGAAUAAUACUUAACUCACCCUUGAAUACACAUAAAUCACGGGUAAAUGGGAUUCUGGGAAAUGUAGGACAUCGGGUAAACAACACAGAGUGUAGGUGAAGUGGGUUCACCAAAAACAAUUCCAUUGUAACACUUGAUUUCAGAGGCACACUGAAGAUUUCUGAGUUUGCAGACGUGGAUUUUUUUUUUCUCUAAUGUUGCUGCUUUCCCAAGAUCCACAGUGUCCGAUUCUCUAUCAACAGUCUUAAAAUUCCACUUCUGUCGAUGAACAAACAGUGUAAAGUUUUGCAGAAGUAAAACUACUGAAUCUCUGUUGUGGUUGUACUGAAAUGUGACAUCACCUUCGUCCUGUUUGUUUCAUCCUCUCCUCUGCAGCAAAUAUUAUUCGUUCUUGAAGAGCCUGAAACUGGAUGCCUCCUGUCUUAAAAGAGGAAUUCUGAAGCACUUGUAUUUCCUUUUUCGAAUUAAUCUGAAACAAAAAACAUGACGACACUUGGUUUCAUUUCUAUUUUCUGAUUAAUUGACUUGGUAUUUUGAAGUUUUCACACUUGGGAAAGCGUAGAGGUCACAAGUGUUUUUAGAGAAGACAAAGAGAACAAAGCUUUUGUACUUUUGAGUCAAUAAAUUUCAGUCUCCUCUGCUUAUGUAAUUUUUCCAAACCCAUUAACAUAAAUUUUAGCUGAAGAAUUUGCCUUUCAAAUGAACACAUGAAUAUCAUUCGAAGCAGUGUCGUAAAGUAGCCAUGGGUAUUUAUUUAUUUUGUCCCUUUUUGUGAUGUGUUUUGAGUAUGAAACGACUUUCUGCCAAAGACUCCAGUGGUGACGAUCUAAAGAAUAAUGAGACCAGUUGUUUUCUGGGCUGAUGCAGUAGAUCUGAGCUGCUCUGGUGUUUUGUCCUUUCAACAGUAUGCCAACGAUUUAUCUACAAGUUGCAAUUAUUUUAAUGCUUUGUCAGUUAACAUGGAGAGUACUUUAUUAAAGUCAUGGUCGGUUUAUUUAACCUUAACGUUGGAGGUUGUUAUGGAGGCUUGUAACACAGUGUGCCUCACACUGCCUUAAAAACACUUCAGUUUGAGUCUGGUGUCCAGUUUACCUGAUCCUUUAGUAUACUGUGGUACUGUCCAGUUUGAUUAUGUUUCAACUGGGAAAUGGUCACAGUUACAUAUACUUAAAUGUGGAGUUCAGCAACACUAAAAUCACAGCAGACUGGAUUUUUAGGAGCUUCACUGGUUGAGUUAAACCUCAGUGGGCGAAGCAAGAAUGCAGCCAAAGUUGCUUUACUAGCAAAGAGGGCAAACGAUGGAAAUGUGGUUUUAAUACAAAUAAGAUUAAAAACUAAAAUGCUGCUUUUUAGGCACUGGUAAUUUUGCGUGUCCCAGCCUGUUCUCAUCCCCACGUCGUCUAAUACAGUCCUCUGUGUGUUGUGAACACCAAAGGCACCGUUGAGCGUCUUUUUGAGACACACCAGGUUUCAACUCACUGCAAUGUGAACCCAUCUGCAGCAGUUCUUUACACUGAGAGCAACUGAUGUAAAAUGGAGAGUUAGAAAGUCCACGUAUGGCAGGAGAGAUGGGUCAAGCAAAACAAGACUCAUGGUUAAUCUCCUGGGUGAAUGUGACAUUAAUUCACGCAGAGUUGUCGCGCACUGACUUCAUUUGAAAGACGUUUUUACAUCACGUUACGUUAUUGUCAUGUAAGAAAUCUACUUGUUUUAAUCCGAAACAUUAUAUUUUUUUUUCUAAAUCUAACCAAGUAGUUUUGUUGGCUAAACCUAACCGCACGGUUUCGCAGCACUGACCACAUGUAACAGUGUGUUUCAGCUGUGCGUCACAAAGAUACGCUAAAGGGUGCAUGUGUGUUGCUAUGAGACGCCGAGGGGUGUGACAGAGCAUCGGCAUUUGACAACCUAAGAAUGAGUACAGAUGGUGUUCCGUGACAGUUCCGCUGUUUUAUGUUUAAUUAUGGACCUAAUGUUUUGGAUGAAUAUUCGUAGUAUAAGUAUGAAUAGGUCGUUUAUGGCAGAUUUAAACCAAAACAAAACCAAUUUAAAAUGAUUGAAUUUUUCACGGGCAACUAAUGCACACUGUGUCGGCAAGUGGUUUCUCACAGCUGAUGACUCUUGGUCUGUUAGACUAGUCACUAAAACAGGCUUUUGAAAAUUAUAGCUAGCUUAGGGCUACAGAAAUAAAGGCACUAGAGGUAGUUUAUUUCAUUUGAAUCGCCAGAAAAAAAUGUUGGCAUUGUACGUUUCUUUAAACCACGGAUACGUUACAUUUGAUCAUUAGUAUAUAGGGUAGCGCUGUGGUUAGGUUUAGACACAAAAUUGUUAUGGUGAGGUAAAGAUAAUGAUUUUGCUUACGAUACCUUUUUUUUGGUGGCACUAACCCCACUGGAAAAACACCCAUGUUUGGUGGCUAAAAAGCAGCUGGAAGCAGCAAUAACUCGCUAAAUUACAACUGGUUUUGUUGUUUGUUGGUUUUGAGCAGUGGUCUACCGAGGUGUCACGCCAUCCACCAUCCCCUCCAACUCCCCAAAUUUUUUACAGAGUGUUUCUUUAAUUUUGAAAAGCAGCAACAUUUUCCCAAGGUUUAAAGUCCAUGUUCUUGUAUCCCAAAGAUAACUGGGCAUCUACUGUACUGGACUGCAUUAAAAAAACACAGCUCCCAUGAGACUUUGAUAGCAUGCUAACGGCUAAAGCCCCAAUUGUGCUUUUGGUCACAUAUCGACCCCAGUGUAAAUCUCAAGAUUGAAUCUAUCAUCCUGAUUUAACCUGUUAAAAUCUCAUCUAAAAAUAUAUUGUUUUAAUCUCGCCUAUGUUCCAGGUGAUAAAAUCAUUGCUGGGGGCCAAACCAAAGUUGAACUCAAAAAUUUCCACAAGCUCUGUACUGGAGGCUGUGGCUAAUUACUGAUGCACUCUGUGGAAAUAUUGGAUUUAAGGAUUGGUUUGUCCUUGAGGGAAGCAUUGCAUCAUUUUGGACAGACCUUCCUGUCUGGGAGCUUACGGAAGUACCUGAGCCUGCCUGAUGACGGGUACAGGAAGAGUCAGGUGUCUGAACAGAGGGCUUUGUGACUCAGUCAUUCAGAAAUGUUAGGAGUGCUGAGGUCACAAAUGGGACUGGCACUGGAUGACAGUCAUGGCAUACAUUGUUUUUAAAGGAUGUUACAGAUUUUAUUGUCCAGUUCAGUAGACGCGUAUUUAUCUUUCUUAUCUUUAUCUAUCUUUCCUUUCAAAAGAAAACCCAAUCUGAGAAGGUCCCACUGAACACAAAGGUAGUGAUUUUAUUUUGAAAGGUACUUGAUGUUUAACUCAACCAGUGGUGUUUCUUCUGCGACUGCACAUUGUUCUCCUUUUCUUUUUUUCAAAGGCUGGGUUUAAGGAAGUUGACUCGGUGCAGAUUCGUGUCUGGUUUAAAAAUAGAAGCACUUUAGCAAGGAAAGCAGUAUUUUCCCAAAAACCCACAAAUUUGCCAAAGUUGCCGGCUCAAGUUGACUGGUGUUCAUUCCUGAACUAUUUUUGACACACACUCUCAUUUCAAAGGACUGUCUUUGUUCAUUUUGUAGAUUUUUAUGGCUGAUUGUUGUUGUUUUUGUUUAUGUGGCCCCUCCCUCCCUCACCUGUUUUAAAUUGUACCGGGUUUGGGUUCAUUAUGUGUGUGAGUGUGUGUGCGUGAAUGCCUGUGAAUCGUAUUUUUUUUGUACCUCAGAACACUGUCAGUAAUCAUGGUAAACAACAAUCUUUUUUUUUUUAAUUUGUCAUGAAUUGAAUUUGGGAACAGAGCGAAUGGAGCGACCGAUGUUCGGGGGGAGAAAUAAACUGAUUGUCCUUCAUUCUCUCUGGCAUGCUGUAACUUAAAAAAAAAAACAACAACAGAGAAACAAGAUGUAAAUACUGUUUUAUAAUUUCUGUCUUAAUGAGUUUUGAAGAUGAAGAAAGUUAUUAAUAAACCUGAGAUAUAUUUCUCUA